UUCAUCUGUUUCAUUCAUCAGUCACUAACCCUGUGUGUUUCCUUCACUUGUUUCUUUACUGUACGUCACCAGUUGCUUCCGUGUGUGCCUGAAUUCUUGCUGCGGGAAGGUUGUAGAGAAGCGACAGAACCGGACUGAGGAUUGUUGGGGGCAGGAAAACAAUCAGAAAGAAGGCAAGGAGUGUGAAAUGAAUAACACUGACUUUCUCUUUGGUCUGUAACACAAGGGCGGCGAUGUUGUACAGGACCACCAACCAAAGCACGGCUGGACAGUUGUACUGCCCCCUGCUGCAGCUCAUGCAGCAACACUCCCUCAACAACAGCAAAGAGGCCAACUGGGCCAUGGUUUGCUUCCAUGGUCUGAUCUCUGGUUUGGGGAUUUUGGAAAAUGCCCUAAUUCUUUGGGUGGUUGGGUUCCGUCUGCAACGGCGCACGGUAGCCUCAGUAUGGGUUUUGAACCUGGCAUUGUCUGACUUCCUGGCCACUCUGACUCUUCCCCUCUUCACCAUUUACCUCAGCUCCUCUCACAGCUGGGAGCUGGGAUAUCCACUCUGCAAAAUUCAGGCGUCCAUCUUUUUCUUAAAUAUGUUUGUGUCUGCGUUUCUCUUGGCAGCCAUUUCCCUGGACCGCUGCCUACUGGUGGUGAAACCGGUGUGGUGUCAAAACCAUCGCUCAGUGGCAGGAGCAUGGAAAGUGUGCACCGUAGCCUGGUUAUGGGCGUUGAUUAAUAUGUUUCCAUAUUUCCUGUUCCGCGCUGUGACUAAGACAGAAGACAACAGGAAGCUGUGCUAUCAUAAUUUUGCUUUAUAUGUCUCAUCUGAAGCCUCGCUGGAGACAGACUGUGAGGUGAGACAGACAGCGACGGCGGUCUCCAAGCUCUUGCUGGCAUUUUUGCUCCCGCUAGUGGUGAUAGCAGGGAGUUACAUCCAGAUUUGCCUUGGACUCAGAAGCAGAAGGAAAAAAAGGGCGGCAUCCAUCAUGACAAAGGCAGAGACAGCAUCAUCUAAAAUGAUCAGCAUCUUCCGCAAACCUCCAACCACGAAUUCACCAUCAUCCCUGACGCCUACUUCCAGUGCUCCAAGUCAGCUUUCACAGAGCUUCACCAAGAUGGUGGCUUUUGUCAUUGCGGCUUUUGUGCUCUGCUGGGCUCCCUAUCACAUCUUUUGCAUGAUUGAAGUGUCGGCUCAGUACCACAAGCACAGCUUCAAAAUAGUGGUCGGUGGCCUUCCAUUUGCCACAACGGUUGCCUUCCUAAAUCCAGUUUUGAAUCCAAUCCUUUACGCCUUCAGCUGCCCAGACUUCUGCGUGAGAGUCCGACAAAGUCUCGGAGCAGUUUUUGAUGGGCUGGUGGAGGAGAGGGGACCCAUCCUGCUAAAACCAGGGAAGAGCAAGCAUAUUCGGCAAAGGAGCAGCAGAGACGCCGGUACUGCAACAGCCACCUUCCCGAGAUGUCUACACUCCCCGCAUCCAUCACCGAACGCCCAACUAGUCCUGGAGCCCUGUUUUUCGGACUCCACACAUGAACGCAAAGAGGAAUCUCAUGGACAGCCAGACACUGAAAAUGUUCAUUUGUAAUUUUUCUGAAAGGUUCGUGUGAGAUAACAGAGCCACAUUUCCUGUAACAUGAUCUUGCACAACAGUGAUUUUUUUUCAGCAUUUCCUUGAGCAGACAGUCCUUUGUUAAGGAAAUGAAAGAAAGCAAAUCUUUUCUGAGGUUCCUUCCUGUAUGGGUGCUUGAAAAGCCAUGAUUAUUAUAGUUUGCAUUAUUUGCAGUGGAUCAAACAUGUAUCGAUAGCCAUGUAAAAAAAAAAAGGGACCCUACUGUGGGAUUUGUAAUCUUGCAUGAACUAUGAUGCAGCUACUCGCCCUCUUUAAAGACAUGUCACAACUUACAUGACAGGCAAAAAAAAAAAGAGGAAUUCUGCUUGCAACAGAUAUAUUUAAUGUUGUAUGCCGACAUAUGAAACUUCAGGGUGCCCGUUAUAAAACUGUGUAAGAAAUAUAAGUAAACAGUGACCGCUUUCUUUGAACACAGUAGGUGGCGCUCUUGGUUGAAAAAUGAUGAGAAAAUUGGUAAAAAUUUAAAUAUUGCAGAGCAGAGUGUGUACUGAAAAUAACACUGUUUCUUGACGUGUUAAAAGCCCAUCACUACCCAGGUGAGAUUUGUGGACUAUGAAUCUGUUGUUUUUUUUAGGGGUUUGACUCUGCUUAAAAUAAAUAAAAUGACAGUAAAAAUAAAGGAAU